ACAACCUCAACAACUCUUAGUCCCAUAAGGAAACUGUUGGAUGCAUGGAACUAUCGGACAUACCAGUAAGCUGGAAAUCAAGAACCAACUGCUUCCCAUUUCAAUUGUGGGAGUGUUUUGCAGGCCAUUACUAGGAAAUGGAAGGUGAACUACGGUGUGAUCAAGGUUUCCACGAUCAUGUCUUCCUUUAAAUCGGCUUGCUCCGUAAUGGUCACUAUAUGGAUUAUUGUGCCUCAGCUCUGCCUCUGUCCAGUACGAGCCACUUUUGGGACAACUCCAAACAUUAAGCACAUUGUGAUAGGAAGAUGCUUCACUUACACCACACUGGUUCAGCCUGGAUUAUGGUGUGACUGUGAGGAAAUCUGGAGGCAGUUUGAGAAGGCAGUUGUCCAGCAUGACUCUUGUAAUGUGACAGAAGAGCAUUACUGUGAGAUGUUUAACAUGAUGCCACAGGUCUGGCCAUGUGAUAGGUUUCUUUUUUGGAGUAAAACCAGGAAGUUGGUGCACAGCUAUGCGGCUGUUUUCCGGCAUUUCUGGACACUGGAAGACACGUUGGUUGGUUUCCUGUUCAACGACCUGAUCUGGUGUGGCCAGGAGGAAGACUCUGACUUCGAUUUCAACUCUUGUCCAGCGUGGUCAACAUGCAGAACCCAUCCAGUUUACUCUUUAUGGAAACGAGCCUCACAAAACUUUGCAGAGAUGGCGUGUGGGAACAUUACCGUGUUGCUGAAUGGGUCUAUCACUAAUGCAUUCAACAGGAAGAGCAUGUUUGGAAGCGUUGAACUGGACAGCCUGAAUCCUCAGAGAGUGAACUACGUUAACAUAAAGGUGGUGACAAAUCCAGAGGGACCUCACAUAGAAUCAUGCCGUCAAGGAUCUAUCGUAGAGCUCAUCCAAAUACUCUGGUCACGAGGUUUCCGAUGGACCUGUACCGAUACUGACCUGACCUUGGUGAUCCUUCAGUGUGUCCAGGACCUAAAUCAGCCCAAAUGCCAGAUGUUGACAAGCAGCAUGUUGCAGCAAAAGUACUAUACAUCCACAUGAAUCAUAUUUUGAAACCAUGAAAUAUGUCUGCCUGGUAGUGAAACUAAGUUAAUGGUUAACAUUUUCUUUCCAAACCUUCCAGAGAUGGAAAAGGGGCAGGAUUAAAAAAGUUUAAACUUCUGCCUGCCUCUUUUUCAAACAAAUACUCAUCAAAAUAUGUAUAUAGAUUUUUGUAUCAAUGUUUGGUGUUUAAGCUCUCCCUUAUGUUUAACAUUUGCUGGAAGAAGUGGGUCUUUUUUAGCUAACACAUGCACACAGAUGCAGCUUACGCGCAUAACUGCUGAAUAUCAGAGGUUUCAGGCGCAACAAUACUCUGGUAUUUAAAUUGUGAAUAUGAAUAUGUUUGAAAUAAAUAAACUAAACAAAAACAAAUCAAACAUUUGAUGUGCAUUCAUAACAAUCAGGACAUGAUUUAGUAAUCAGAGUCAGAUGGCUAACUGAGUUAACCUGAUUU